AUGCCUUUUGCUGCUCGUUCAUUAUUAAAGGACCAAGAGUGUCCUCUUCAUCUGGACGAACCCCAAAUCCUAAACACGUAUGUGUGCAUGGGAGACUGCGAGAGUGAGCUUCAUGUAGCGCUAUGUUUUUCACGCAAAGUCUGUCUUGGUGAGCCAAUUAUUGUCAAGACGGGAGAGGCGAAGGCGAGUGUUGAGACAAAGAUGCUGCGCCACGGCGUCACCGACUUUACACAAGGGCAGAUGAUGGCGUUGUGA